UUGUUUAGCCUUUUUUGUUUUCCUGAGAUAUCUCGCGAGAUUGUGGCAACACCGGAGGGUUGGAGCAAGCCUGCCAGUGGUCACAACUACGUGAGAGUCACCUUCGACCGUACCCCGGUGAUGUCGACAUAUUUGGUGGCCAUGGUGGUGGGCGAUUUCGAGUACAUCUCCAGUAAGAGUCCAUGUGGUGGCACCACGUGGACGGAGGAGUCGUAUGGAGAGUAUGCGUUGGGAGUGGCGGAGAAAGCGCUGCCAUUCUACGCGGAGUUGUUUGGGUGUCCUUAUCCACUGCCGAAGUUGGAUCUGAUUGCGCUGCCUGACUUUGCAUGUGGAGCGAUGGAGAACUGGGGCUUGGUGACUUACAGAUGUUGUCUUUGUUGGGCUGUGGUGGGGUGGACUUUGGGUGGCAUUGUACGUGCAAUGAAGGUAAUGGUUGGGAUGUGCAAUGCAGUCGGUGGGAGGCGUGUAUUGUGA